AUGGACAAUCGUCGCAACGACGUGCUGGCUGUGGCAAUAUUGUUCUUCUUCCUCUCCUUGCUGACCGUCAGUCUACGAUUCUAUGUGCGAGGAAAGUUGAUGCACACGUGGGGUCUGGACGAUACAUUCAUGGGUGCUACCAUGGCUGUCUUUAUCGUGUAUCUGGCCUUUCAGACAGUGGCCGCAGUAUAUGGAACAGGACGGCACCGAUGGGAAUUGGAAGACAGCGACGCGAGGGUUGCCUUGUUAUUCUGGUAUUUAUGCGAGCUGCUCUACAUCCUCGCCAAUUGCACCCUUAAGUUCUCGAUCGGCCAUUUCUAUCUUCGAGUUGCUAUACAGCGAUGGCACCUCUGGACCAUCAAGAUACUAAUGGGUGGAACCAUCUUGUUCUCAAUCGUCUACUUCUUCCUAGUAACGUUCCAGUGCACGCCUGUGUCUGAGUUCUGGAAAAAUCGCCCUGCAUCCGAAAAAUGCCUAUCGGCGGGGCCCACCAAAGGCAUUACAUACGCACUAGCAGCUGUCAACGCCGCAGCCGAUUGGGCCCUCGGUACCCUGCCUUUCUUCAUCGUCUGGGACUUGCACAUGAAGCUGAAGACGAAAAUGCUUGUCGCUGGUAUCCUAGCCUUUGCAGCCAUCGGCAGCACGGCAACAGUCGUACGCAUGUUCUACAUACACACACUCACGAACGGACCGGAUUUCCUGUAUGCGACUACCGACGUUGCUAUCUGGAGUACUGUCGAACCGGGAAUCGGUAUCACUGCCAGCAGCAUUGCGACUCUGCGACCGCUGGUUCGACAUUGCCUCUGGCGCAUGGGAUUUGCAUCUGCUCCUGGACACAGCCGCAUAUACUAUCCUUCGACCAGUGAACAGAAGCGGAAAGAUCGUCGCGAUUAUAGGCGGAGCAUCAGUCCCUCCGAUCUGAUACCCACCCAGCAGGGUGGAGGCACCUCAACAGAGAUCCACGGGCCGAAUCGAACAACUGCACAGUCCACAAACCUCACAGAAAGAAUGAUCACUCUUCCGUCGAUCGUAAUUGAAGAGGACGACAUAGAUCACAUACAAACACCCGACGGUCACAUUCUACAAACUACUACAGUGCAACAAAAGUAUGAACCUGCACCACGACUACAUUUACGAGACAGCUUCACAAAUAGUUUCACCAGAGGUAGCAUUUUGAGCAUUGGAAGAUAUCAGGAACAUAAUGUACAAUGA